GCGCUUGCUUCUUUCGCGUACCCGAGAGGCUACCGUGGCGACAGAGAUCAUAUAUAUAAGCCCAUUUCAAGACUUCUCUAUUUGAUCCGUUCUGCUAGCGAUUUGACCCAAGUCGGACAAGGUCAGGAUGGAGAACCCCCCUCCGCCUUCCACCCCACUACCUCUUCUACUCGCCCCUAGCCCUCCUACCUCACCAGGUCUAUCCGAAAGAAAGAUUGAUGUUGCCAAAAGCGAACGCAAGGACACACCCGCGAGAGCCCUGAAAGCUAUAGCUCUCCCUAAUACUCCUCCAUCUAGCCCUUCGCAGCGUGGUCCAGGGUCUUCAGAGGAGCCAGAAUCCCCUUCGCCAUUGGGCGUUUCCAGCGUCGCUCAACUGAAGAUACGGCUUGGCUUAGAGACAGAAACCCCCCAGUGUGGAGCGAUGACUAGAAACGAACGGGGCUGCCGGAAUCCUCGGAGGGCGACCGAGAAGGAUGAGCUGGACCAGGCCCUAACUGCGCUCUUAAAUCUGACGCAAUCAUCUCCAGAGCUUCCUCAAAGACUUACGAAAUUGGCGUCUCUGGUACACUGCCAUAUGCAUGACUAUAGCACAGCGCUCGGGCGCCGAGUCGUGAGCUGGUCCGACCUCUUUCCGUUGGGUGACCUCGAUGCAAAAAUCUCCUCGGCCAUUAAGCGCAUUCGUGAUGAAUUGCCUGAAGCCAGCAAAACCUGUAUCGGGAUCUCGAGCAAAAAGAAGCAAUGCCGGCUGAAACUAAGUGGCAAAACGGUGCAGACUAUGUCCCAUAGCAUUCAGGAGAUCCUCAAACCACAGGUCUUCCUGCGCGACGAAGUACUGGAAAUCUGGAUCCAGAACCUCAGAGAAGCGGCAUUCUGUUGCUAUCAUAAGAACCAGUGCUUAAGCAAGGCUGCUGGUUGGAUCAGAGCCAUUAAGGCCGCCCGGAGCCUCCUAGAAUCAAGCCCGCCCCCGCCAGACACGGCAGAUGCAACUGGUAAACCCACUCCAGAUCAACUGGACACUGUGAGUAGCACUCUGCGAGAGACAGCGAAGCAUUGGAAAGUGACGGGUUACGAUACCUCCCCACUUCGAAUUCUCUCAUCGGAGAGCUGGAACGUGAAAGAUUGGUCAUCCGAGAAAUACCAGGAUCGGAUUUUAGUUGUGCUUGAGAACUUAAAGGGAGAGGAGAGGAGAGGCUAUGUCUAUGUCUACGAGAUCAAGGGAAAUGAAGGCUACGUCAAGGUUGGUUAUACCGAGAAGAAAACCGCACAGGAACGGAUGAAUGAAUGGAGUGAAACUUGUAACCGCCAGAUCACGGGAAUCUACCCUCGUCCCGUUGGCUUGGAAAGAGGGAUCCAUAGUCCAGCACUGAUUGAGAUCCUUUGUCACGCCGAUCUCAGAACCUGUCGAGUGAGGGUUGACUGCGAAGCAUGCUUGCACCCGCACUCGGAAUGGUUCCAAACAUCUCCUCAACAAGCUGUUGAUGUUGUUGAGAAAUGGUCGCGAUGGAUAGAUGAGAUUGCUGGGCAGCCAGGGUGGAGAGAUGAGAUGGAAGCGAUAGUACUGGAAAGUGCCGAUAUGGAGCACUGUUUGGAAUCAUUGCUUCAGAUCAAAAUCUGUGAUGACUAGGGUUGGAAUAAGAGCAAACUGGCGCGCAGAAGCUAGAACUUGAAUUUGGCUUCAGAGGUUUAACAGAAACGCCACAAGGCUAAUACAAAGGCAUCUUGGUUUCUCGCAAGCACGUCCUUGUGCACUAGAUCAUUUCGACGACCUCUGGACCCGGACCUCUAUGUUAAGCUACUGCAACGUCUAUUUUGUU